GCAAACGUUAUUAACCGUCAUUUCAUUUUAUGUAAACGAACACGCGUAGCUCGCAUUCACAUUUGAAGACCAUAAUUAACUUCUAGAAAAAUAAACGACAUUGAUUUUGUUCAUUUUCAAUUAAGAAUUAUCUGAAGAGAUGUUUAUGGCCGACAGCGCCUGAGGUGUUCCGAGCGCGACCUUAGUUUUCGGCGAUAACGGAUCGGAUGGAUUGAUGCAGGGGCUAUUUGCAACUUCCGCGGAGAAAACCCAGAUGAAAACAACUAGGAUCUGUAUCUUUUCAAUAUAAUUUAAAGGGUUUUAAUAGUCGGCACUCAUGGCAAAUUUACAAGUGCUUACGAUAACGUGAUUGAAUGUCCAAGGGUUUAUUGAUCAUUAAAGCUGCAAGUCAAACAGAUGUCCAAUUAGUCGGCUUCGAUUGAGAGUAAUCUUGUAUAGGCGGGGCCUGUCCCAGACUAUCUGAAUUGGGCACACUCCUCGAUCGCGUUUAAGGGCCAUUGAAUGAAGUUAUUAUUGGACAAUUAUGAUAGAAAUUGUCGGAGUCCGUUAUUCGUCCGCUAAGAAGUUUAUAGGGUUAUUUGAUUGUGUCUACCAAUUUGGCAAUCUCGGAAAACUUUGCCCUCAAAACACCACAGGAUAGUGAGAGAAUAUGGAUCUUGUCAUUGGCAAAAAUAAAAAUCACAGAGAACCCACCACAAUGAAGACCGAAGUCAAAGUCCAAGACCUUUUGGAAGAGGAAGUGUCUGAAAUUGACAACCAGGAAGUUUCCAGUACUGACAAACAGGAUGUCGCAGACAAGAGGGAUGUGGAGUAUAAGGUUAUAAAUGGGGACAAUGCACCCGCUAAACAAUUGAGGUUUGGAAUAGAAAACAUUCUGCAACAAGGAAGUAAAACUGUAAAAACAGAGGAGAACAUCAAAGAAUCAGUGACUGUUGGACUUUCUUCGUUGACCGGAUAUUACAAUCAGCUGUUUACGCUGCAGAGAAGCAACAUCAGCACAUGUUAUCCCUACUGUCAAGAAUUAGUUUUUCCGUGUAAAGAUUCUGGAAACGAGAAAUCUCAAUACAACAUAACAAGAAGAGUUGGUCACCCUUAUCAAAACAGGACUCCACCUAAGAGAAAGAAACCAAGGACAUCAUUUUCUCGGAUGACCAUUAAAGAGUUAGAAAAGCGUUUUGAUAGACAAAAAUACUUGGCAUCUUCCGAAAGGACAAGUCUCGCCAAAACUCUUAAAAUCUCGGAUUCCCAGGUGAAGACGUGGUUUCAGAACCGUCGAACAAAAUGGCGGAGACAGGCGGCAGAAGAAAAAGAAAUCGAGCGCCAAGCUGCUAGUCGCAUGCUGGCGACAAUGAACAACUUUAGUCUCCCAAAGACGUUCAUGUUCUCUGAGAAACGCUAAACAGAUCUGCCUUAACAGUACACUUAAGAAAUAAAUUGCCAUUUUACCUUUUCAUUGAAGAUGACUUGUCAGCAAUCUUCGAGUACUAUAGUCUUCUAUUGACGUUUGUAUUAUCCGGAAAUCGGUAAGAAAAGGACCCUUUGCCUUGAAUUUAUAGAAACGGAAGAUUUCAUUACACUUCUGUUGUGUUCAACAAAAUGGUACAUUAUACAUAUAUUACAUGGCUUCGAGGGCAUCAUACCAGAAUAUUUGACAUACUUCAUACAGGCAUUCUUUAAUCUGAUCAUGAAAUAUUGGGAAAAAUGAACUACCAAGAUUUGAUAUGA